AUGGCGAUAACUAGGAGAACGAACAUGGAAGAUCAUCAGACUGAAGAGGAAGAACAUGUGGAAGUGGUAGAUGAAACUGAUCUUUCUGAGACUAUUCGUCUGCUGAAACAAGAGAUGGAGGCAAUGAAGCAGCAGCGAGAAAAGGAUGCGAGGGAGCUUUUGGCCUUGAGAGCCAAAAAUGAGGUAACCUUGAGCACUACGGACGAUGCUGCCUUGUGUCGCAUUUUCCCUACAUCUCUCAAGGGUAGGGCUUUGAGCUGGUUCACUCGGCUACCCCCUAAUUCGAUCGACUCAUUCAAUACCUUGUCGUCUCAAUUCACAGUUCAGUUUGCAACGAGCCGUCCCCACAGCUUGACAUCUUUAUCGCUGGUUAGUCUUCGGCAAGAUAAGAAGGAGACGCUUCGAGCUUUCAUGGAUCGGUUCAACAAGGCAACCUUGGAAAUUCGAGAUCUUAACCCGGUCGUAGCACUUCAUCAUCUGACAACAGCUUUGAAACCAGGGCCAUUCGUCAAUAGCCUUUGCAAGAAACCCCCUUCAGAUAUGAAUGACCUAUGCAGGAGAGCUGACAAAUAUAUGCAAAUGGAGGAGUUGGCUGAGUUUCGGAAUCAAGCCCGAGCCGAAACCAUGAAUAAAAUUGAAAAGCCUGGAGAGCCAUCAUUUCGGGGUCGCAACAAAGAAAUAACACUUCGAGAAAGACCUACACGAGGACCAAAAUACUCGCAGUACACGCCCUUGAAUGCAAGUCGGGCAACAAUACUUGAGCAAGCUCUCGCCUCUGAAGUGUUGGCCGUUCCAAAAAGAUCAUCCACCCCAUCGCGGGCCGAUACCAACAAGUCUUGCAGGUAUCACCACAAUCGAGGACACUCUACCGAAGAGUGCGCGACUCUGAAGGACAAAAUUGAGGAUUUAAUUAAGCAGGGGCAGCUUCGUAGUUUUGUUGAUCGGCCAGACUCGUCUCGGCCGCGCCCCUCAUUUCAACCUCGACACAACGAUCGGCAUAGGCAAGAUCAUGCCGAGAGGCCCUGGCGUGAACGUAGCAGACAGCCGGCUCGGAGGCUACUGGCAAUCACUUUCACUGAUGCCGACUUUCGGGGCAUUGAUCCUGUACAGGACGACCCAAUGGUGAUCAGUGUCGAGAUUCAUAACUGCAUAGUUAAGAAAACAUUGGUCGAUCAGGGUAGUUCGGCAGACAUUCUGUACUGGAACACCUUCAAGCAAUUGGGCAUCUCGGAGAAGGAGCUCAUACUAUAUGAUGAUCCCCUGGUCGGUUUCUCUGGAGAAAGAGUAAGCACUAAGGGAUACAUUAAACUCUUUACCCGCUUUUGCUUUGAUGAACAAGAAUACAGAGAAAUUCAUGUGAAGUACAUAGUGGUGCAUGCUAGCACAUCAUACCAUAUUUUGCUCGGUCGACCAUCAUUAAACAUGUUGGGGGCAAUCGUCUCAACGCCACAUUUGGCAAUGAAGUUUCCAUCCGAAAAAGGAAACAUCCUUACUAUUCAUGUUGAUCAAAAAGCAGCGCGGGAAUGCUACUAUGCCAACUUGCGAAUAACUCCCAUGGAAGAGAAACAAACAAAAUCAAAAAGAGUUCAUGCAGUAAACCCUUCGGCUAGAAACCCUUCGGCAUAUGAGGAAACCCAGGCCUUGGAUCUUGACCCUAGGAUUAAUGAAGAAUAG